AUGGAUAUCCACACGCUAUAUUCAUACGCUCACGAUGAAGAAGAGGAGGACCCGUUGACGGAGGGCAUGCCCAGGACCGAUGCCACCAAUGAACAGGCCUACGAGACCAGCCUCUUCGAGGUACAAGCGCGGUACUGGGCAUGUACUCUACCUGGUCUAUUCCAGGGAAUGCCCCAGAAAUCACCAGGCAGUGUCGAUAGAUUCGACACCAAGAUUCCUGCAUCCCUCGAGCGUGCGACAGCUUGA